UUGACAGAACGCGUGAAGCGCGGAUCUCUUUUCAUGACCUUGUUUCCGCCCGGGAGUAAUUGAGGGACGCAACGCGGAGGUUGUCGUGAGCGCGCAAGAGGAACGCGUGCAGCGUGCAAGAUUGUUUUGCCUCUCCUUCGCCAUGAUCAUCCCCAUCCGCUGCUUCACUUGUGGGAAGAUUGUUGGGAACAAAUGGGAGGCGUAUUUAGGUCUUCUUCAAGCAGAGUAUACAGAAGGGGAUGCUCUCGACGCUCUGGGUCUGAAGAGGUACUGCUGUCGCCGGAUGCUUCUGGCUCACGUGGAUCUCAUUGAGAAGCUGUUGAAUUAUGCACCGCUGGAGAAGUGAGGAGCUUUUCUGUCACAUCUGGAGAUGUGCGUCCCACUGUAUUUUCAAAGACUUGAUCCAAAUGGAAGGAAUGCAGGCGUGGACGUGGCUGGUUCCUCGGAGUGUAUCUGAAGCAAGCUUAUGAUGUUGAAUUUUUGUUUAUUAGCAUUUUUGUUAAAUGAAGAUUGAAAUGUAUCUGUUGUGUGGUUCUUUACAUUUUUUAAAAAUAAUAUCUUCAACAAUACAAUAAAAAUAGCUUGUCUUUA